AUGACAACUGAUAGGAGGUGUCGGUACCAUCGAAACUGCCGAGAACAUCGCCGCUGCGUCCUCAUUGCCGCUGCUCAGGAAAUGAGAGUGAUAAAACUUAAAAGAGUAGUUGCUUUGGGUAGGGUUUGUAAAAAGGGGGAGAUGUUUCUAUCUCAAUCUUACGUGCGCGAGAUUUCUGCGUGCAGAGGAACAAAAGUCAAAAAGCAAAUCAGAUUUUCUGGCAAAGCAAGUCCGGACCCGGCAUGCUCUGGUGUGCAGAUUCUUAUCGCGCUUUGCGAUUUGAGUUGGCGAGUGGAUUUUUGUAUUGGUUGGCUGGUUCAACAUAAUAUAUUCAAUUUCAAGUUAGAAUGGAUCAUUUUGUUGGUGUCUGAAAUUUAA